CCAAGAGACAAGUGAGUGUGGAGUCAUAAGACACCUCAUUUUGACGGCUUUUGCAGCAAGAAUUCUAACCUUUCUCCAUCUACACCAUCUAAAGAAGGAUAAAUACACAUUGAUAGGGCUUAUAAAUAUUACAAUCCCUUAGCAUGGAUAUGGUAGAAGCAGUAGAUGUUGGCAUCACCACUGAUGAUAAUAGUGAUGACAACAGUGAUGACUGUGAUACAAAAGAAGACGAGAAGGAAAAAAUGCUUGGUGAGAGGACGGAAAGGCGUAACAGUGCUCCUGGGAUUCCUCCAACACCCAUGUCAACAGCAAAUAUAUUUUCAAAAUAUAUCACUUUUGGAUGGUUGAGUGGUUUGUUGUCAUUGGGUAACAAACGUCCUUUAAAAGCAACAGAUUUCUACGGCUUAAGACCAGAUGAAUCCACUGAUGUCCUUGGUGAAAAACUACAAGGAGAAUGGGACAAAGAAGUGUCAAGAUCAGAGGGAACCUCAUACAAGCCUAGCUUACUGAAGGCUGUUGUUAGGACUUUUGGAUUUAGAUAUACAUUAUUAGGAAUCUUUGCAAUCAUUACAGACACUCUUAGGAUUAUCCAGCCUCUCUUUCUUGGUUUACUAGUCAACUACUUUGCCAUUGGUUCAACAGUCACCCAAACAGAAGCCUACAUGUAUGCACUAGGAGUUGCAAUCUGUGCAAUCCUUAAUAGUUUUCUCAUGAAUCCCUUCACAUUUAUGCGUCAAUUGUUUGGCAUGCGUAUUAGGAUUGCAUGUACAUCCCUUGUCUAUAAUAAGGUAUUGAAGCUCAGCCAUGCAGCCAUCGCCAAGACAACAACAGGCUACAUUGUGAAUCUUAUUUCAACUGAUACUCAGAAGUUUGACUGGGUGACAUUCUUCUUACAUUACAUCAUCCUUGGUCCUAUAGAGACUUUGAUAGUCCUGUACCUGCUAUGGAGAGAGAUAGGAGUGUCGGCCUUGGCAGGAAUGGGGGUAGUGAUGCUGCUUGUUCCUAUGCAGAUGAGAAUGGGGGCCAUUCUGAUGGGAUUAAGGCGUAAAGCUUCACAAUGGGUGGAUCGUAGGGUCAAGGCCAUGAAUGAGAUUAUCAGUGGAAUGAGUGUCAUCAAGAUGUACACAUGGGAACUCCCCUUCGCAGAGAAGGUCGACUCCAUCAGAAGAAACGAGUUAAGCUGGUUCCUGAAGCUGGCAUCCAUACGCGGCAUCUUCAUGGCGUUCUUCUUCAGCUCAGCUGCUCUCAUCUCGUACGUCACCUUCCUGACUUACGUUCUGACGGGCAACAUUCUCACGGCACAGAAGGUCUUCACCUCCAUGGCAUUGUACAACUCUGUUCGCAUCAACAUGACCUUGUUCUUUCCUAUCGGCAUCACCUUGAUGAAUGAGGGAAGGGUUUCUAUUGAGAGAAUCCAGAAAUUGCUUUCUAUGGAUGAGCUUCAUUCUCAUGGUCUGAUCACAACAAAGUUAAGACCAAAACCUGAACAGUGUGGAGUUGUCACUGAAGAGAUCAAAGCAUCAUGGAAUGAAGAAAUCUCCAGACCUACUCUAAAUAACAUCAGCUUCAAGAUAUCCCAGGGAGAACUUCUCGCUGUCGUCGGAUCUGUUGGAGCUGGAAAGUCGUCUUUGUUAAUGGCGAUUCUUGGUGAGUUACCGCUGAUCGAGGGAACCAUCAACGUAAAGGGCAAGAUUGCUUACUCUUCUCAGCAGGCGUGGAUCUACAAUGGUUCCUUAAGGAAUAACAUCAUAUUCGGUAAUGAUUAUGACGAGUCAAGGUAUAAUGAAGUCAUCAAAGUCUGUGCGCUCGAAAGGGACAUUGAGCUUCUAUCAGAGGGUGAUAUGACGUUAGUCGGCGAACGAGGAGUUUCAUUGAGCGGCGGACAACGAGCUCGAGUCAACCUUGCAAGAGCGGUGUAUUGCGAUGCAGAUAUUUAUUUGCUAGACGAUCCUCUGAGUGCUGUAGAUGCUAAUGUUGGACGACACUUGUUUGAUAAGUGUGUUUGCGGUUAUUUGGCUCAAAAGCCUCGUAUCUUGGUUACUCAUCAGACUCAGUUCUUGAAAGAUGCUGACGUUCUCAUUGCUUUAUCUGAGGGCGAGUGUAUCGCUAAGGGAAGCUACCAGGACCUUUGUCGGGCUGGCAUCGACUUCAUGACCCUCUGUGCCGAAGAAGACGAAGACAAAGACUCUGCCAUCGAAGAUAGUGUUGAAGAUAUCAACGCCAGACCUGAAUUCAAGCGUCAGUUCAGCCGAAGGUUGAAUCUGAGCCGUCAGUUCAGCAGACAGGACAGCAUCCCACCCACUGAUAAGGUCGAGGUGGUUCGAGGUUCAUCUUGUCAUCUAAGCCAUCGUCUGAGUCAACGUCUGGAGAGCACGUUGUCUGUUACAUCAGCUGCUACUGAAGUCUCUGUUUAUGACGAAGAUUUGGUUCCCAAGGAGAUGAAGCAAGAAGGGGCAGUCACCAUGCAGACCUACCUGCGCUACUUUAAAUCCCUCCAUAGCUUAGGAGCAGCUAUUUGUAUCUUUAUUCUCUUCUUAAUAACCCAGGCCAUGUACAUGCUUUCUGAUUGGUGGUUAUCAAAAUGGUGCAACGAGGAAGAGCAGUAUUUCAUCAAGUCCCAGGCUUACAGCACCAGUAACUCAACGUCCAUUCCUCCACCGACUCCCCUCGACAGACACCUCUAUCUCGGUAUCUACAGCUUCUUAGCGAUUGGCCUGAUAGUUUUCUCUAUGUUGAGGACUCAGUUGUUCUACAGGAUUACCAUCAGUGGCUCUCGUAUCCUCCACUUCAAUAUGUUCAGUAGUUUGAUGAGGGCACCGUCUUACUUUUUCGAUACCAACUCUAUUGGUCGUAUCCUCAAUCGUUUUUCUAAGGACAUGGGUUUCAUAGAUGACAUGAUGCCAUUUGUUGUCUGCGAUUUUUCUCAGACAUCCAUGAUGGUACUCGGCAUCCUUCUACUUGUAGCUGUCAACAAUCCUAUCACCUUUGUAGUCGUCAUUCCUAUAGUCUGUCUGUUCUGGUACCUGAGACAGUACUACAUGAAGACGUCUAGAGAAGUCAAACGAAUCGAGGGUGUCAGUCGUAGUCCAGUCUUUGGUCACUUCUCGACCACACUUCUGGGUCUGGACACUAUUCGUGCAUUCAGUGUUGAACAAACAUUCACAGACCAGAUGAACUUCUACCAAGAUGAGCACACACGUGCGUGGAUGACAUUCAUAUCAUCUUCAGCCUGGCUUGGAUACAGACUUGAUGUACUCUGCGUGAUCUUUAUCUGUUUUGUCGCUCUUGUUUCUCCGGCACUGAAAGAUGCACUUAGUGCAGGAGUGGUUGGCCUGACUCUUUCUUAUGCCAUCAUGAUUUCUGGUGUAUUCCAACAGUGUGUAAAACAAAGUGCUGAAGUAGAAAACAUGAUGACUUCUGUAGAGAGAGUUUUGGAAUACACUGACCUUGAGCCAGAAGCUGAACCUGAAACAGACGUGAAACCACCCAAAGGCUGGCCAGAUAAGGGUGGUAUCAAGUUUGACAACAUGUCAUUCUCAUACCACAGGUCAAUGCCAAAAGUGCUGCAUAAUAUUUCAUGUUGUAUCAAACCAAGAGAAAAGAUUGGUGUGGUAGGCCGUACAGGAGCUGGCAAGUCGUCUCUUCUGUCCACUUUGUUCCGACUUGCUGAACCAAUAGGACUGAUAGAGGUUGAUGACAUGAAUAUCAGGGAACUGGGGUUAAGAGAUCUGCGCAGCAAGAUUUCUAUCAUCCCACAAGAUCCGGUCAUUUUUGGUGGAACAAUGAGAAAGAACAUCAAUCCUUUCAAUGAAUACAACGACAAUGAUCUGUGGAACGUUCUAGAAGAGGUUCAACUCAAAGCAGCUGUGGAAGCUCUUCCAGGAAAACUUGAGGCAGAAAUAGCAGAAGGAGGGUCAAACUUUAGUGUUGGUCAGCGGCAGUUGAUUUGCCUGGCACGUGCUAUUUUGAGGCAUAACAAAAUACUUGUCAUCGAUGAGGCUACAGCAAACGUCGAUCCGCGAACCGAUGCAUUGAUCCAAACCACCAUCCGAGAGAAGUUCAAGAAAUGUACGGUGCUAACUAUUGCUCAUCGACUCCACACAAUUAUGGAUUCUGAUAGGGUCAUUGUCUUAGAUGCUGGUCACCUUAAAGAAUUUGAUGCCCCAUACAUUCUUCUUAAGGAUGGCAAAAGUAUAUUCUCACAGCUUGUAACUCACACUGGACCAGAUGAGGCACGAAAGCUCUAUGAAGUAGCGCGAGAAGCAUACUAUGAAAAAAAGGCCAUAUCAGAGGACCAAGAACCAGAUGAACCUGAUGGAAUAACAAGUUUAUCCGAAGGUGAAUCACCAGAAGUGGUAAUCAUUGACCACCUUGCUAAUGGAGAAGCUGGGAAAUCACUUCAAUUUGAAUCAAACUUGUAGUUUUUAUAUAUGAAAUAUAUAUAUUAAUUAUAUAUUUUUUCAAAUUGAGAUAUCAAUUACUUCUUUAAAGUGUGGGAAUACCUAAUACUUUAGUUUCUUCGUGGAAAAACUUCCUUGACUUUUAGAUGAUGAUUUUUAUUUAAUUCAGUCGUAAUAAUUUAUUUCUUUAAUAACUUAUAUAGCACAAAAUUCAUGUAAUCCUAACCUGAUUGUUUAUGAUAAUUUCCAUCUCUAAACUUUAUUAAUUUAGAAAGAUGAAAAUUUACUUGUGAUGAAGUUAUUAAUUUUUUAUAAUUAUACUGUCAAAAAAUUGUAUCUGUAAAGGUGUUCAAAUUAUUUAAUAUAAACUUAUUUUUUUAUUUUUAUUUUACUAUAAUAAUUUAUUAGAAAUUAAAUUGAUAUUAAUGGUUAAAUGAUUGAAAACAAAACAUUAAAUAUAUUGUCAUGUUCUGUAUCCGAAAUAUCCAUAUAUACUAUUUAUUCAAAUAAAUAUUACCUGAUUAUCAAAAUUGUAAGGCUGCAUGUAAUUUAUAAUAAUAAUAAAUAAUAAUAAUAAUAAUAAA